AUGAUCAUUUCGAAGGAGAACCGCCGCACGAUCUACACCGCCCUCUUCCAGGAGGGUGUGCUUGUCGCCCCCAAGAACUUCGAGGUGAAGCACCCCAACCUCGACGUGCCCAACCUCGAGGUUGUGAAGGCCAUGCAGUCGCUCAACUCGAAGGGCUUCGUCCACACCCAGUUCAACUGGCAGUGGUACUACUACGUGCUCACUGACGAGGGUCUCGAGUACCUCCGCGAGUACCUGCACCUCCCCGCCGAGAUUGUGCCCACCACCCACAAGCGCCCCGUUCGCCCCCAGCGCGCUGUUGUUGGUGAGCGCGACGGUUUCCGCGGUGGCCGCCAGGGCGGUGACCGCGAGUACCGCCGCCGCGACGACGGUGACAAGAAGGACGGCGCGCCCAGCGGCGACUUCCGCCCUCGCUUCGGCCGCCGCGAGUAA